AUGCCCUCCCUUUCCGUCCCUAGUCCCUACAACGAAUACCCCAAACCUACUAUUGCCGCCUUCCGUCGCUUUCACGAGCUGACGAAUGAAUGGCCUUGGGAGCUCGUCGAGUGUUUUGAACCUAACCGCUGGAACCAGACUCUUAUCCAGCGCUUCUACCGGCUGAUCAAGAAUGAUCUGCCACGCACUUCUACGACCCUCAACGAGUUGGUCAACUAUCUCUUUGAUAGAUCUGCCGAGCACCCUAUGCAGAAGUACCGCUGCGUUUUGAGCAACAAGACCAUCAAGCAAGCUACUGAUUGGCUGGCUGGUCAAGGCCAAGGCCAAAGCUCUUUCCGUUUCCGUGCUCAGCGUCUUGCCCGACGAGGCGGCGCUCUUCCUAGUCUGCCACGAUCAUCAUUGGCCAGCCGUUCCCGCGUUGCAUACAGUCGCUCGCGUACCUCCGAGACUAUUCAGGCCAGCGAUGACAAAGAAGCCGCAUCAAAUGAACAAGCUUCUUCAAGUGUCACUGACAAGACUGCCCCGAUGGCAAAGAAGAGACUGAUGGUUCACAUCAACUUGCAGCGUCAGCCGGCUAGUGAGUCUAUCACCGUUGUAGGUGACGAGGCGGAUCAGAUCGCUACACAGGGCUACGCAAGCAUCGGCCAGCCCGCCUCGCAUUCCAACAUCCAUACCGGACUUCAGACGCCGGUCGGAGAAAGCGGCCGCGCGGAAGAGUCCCCCUUUGAUGGUGUCUCGUUCAGAUCUCUUGAGGAAGCCCAAGAGGCCCACGAUCUCUACCUGAAGGGUCAAUUGACCAGCGCCGGAAUCACCAUUCGACGCACCAAGGAAGAAAUCGAAUCCACUCGUAUCCGUCAUCGUGAACGCGUCGAGGCGAUCCUGCAUGAGACCGCUGUCAAGGAGCAAAUCGAGACUGAGAUCGCUGAGGCACAGAAAGAGGUGAAGCGCAAGGAGGCAGAGUACGCCGUCAAUAUCAAGGGACUCCGCCAAGUACGCCUCUAUCCUUCCGAGAACCCAGAUGAAAACGAAGCUGCGGCAAAGGCAAAGGCACGCCGAGUUUCUCAGGAACUCGACGCCGGAAAUCUCGACAUCGAGGCAAAGAAGAAACGUCUGGCCGACAAGGUCGCCGAAAUCAAGAUGACAGAGGCCCAAGCUGCUGCCCUGUCCGACCUACUCAUUGAGUUGGAAGAGAAGAAGGAGUCUCAGGAGAAGGAUGAACGCGACAUCAAUAUUCUCCGCCGUCUCAUCGCGAUUGGACCUAAGCUGGUUGACUACAUUGAAGAACUUUUGGGUGGUCGAGACAUUGAGGAGUGGUCCAAGGAGAAGCUGCAGGAGGCCAAACAGAGCCAGGCUAAGCUCACGUAA